GAUUGUGAAGAAGAUGACUUGUCAAGAACAUGCUUGCAAGCAGAAUUCUUAGAGCAAGGUCAAUUUGGAAAGGACCAAAUGUUGUUGAUUUCGGCGUGAAUUUGGAAGAAUGUGUGAAAACCCAAGCUCCCGUUAAGACCAUGGUGCGUUCUGCAACGAUUUUGCCAAGGAUGGUUGGGGCUCAAUUUCUCGUGCACAACGGCAAGAGCUAUGCGUCUGUCAAUAUUACGGAAGACAUGAUUGGACAUAAGCUGGGAGAGUUUGCACCGACAAGAAAGCCAUUCCAUUACCGUCAAACCAAGAAUCGUUAAUUGUACAGCUUUUAAAAGCUUUAGGUGGAGUAGCUGAGUUGAUCGCAAAAACAGAUGAGAGGAUACACUUUGCUAGCACAAGAAACGCGUUGAAUUGCAAGCGAAUGAAAGAACUGUGAAUGAAUAGUGUAGCAUAGCAUACUUUUUGAAAGAAAGGAAUGAAAGAAAAUACGACAAAAUAAAAGAUGGCUACUAGUAUGAAAUUACAAAACAACCCAUGCAUUUGAUUGAUAGAUAUCUAAAUGCAACUAUGAAGCA